AUGCACAAGGGUCCUGGACCAUGGCACGUCGAGCUCCUCCCUCCAAGUUAUCCAUAUGUAUUUCCAGAAACGGGCCAUGUUCGUCGAAGGUCUGAGGGGCAAAAAAAAAAAAAGAAAGCACCUACUUUGUUGAAGAAAUCCAGAGAUACUCGGACCUGUUUCUUAAUCUCAAUCAGCAUCAUCAUUUUCCGGAGUCGACUGGCACAUCAGACGACAACCCACCACGUUGAAAUGAUAUCUCACCUAAUCCAGCAUCGACUGAAGGCCUGGAUCACUGGCCGCAAAAGCCACCUCCUUGGCGUGGAGCUCGAAGCAAGACGGACGUCUCCUGGUGCGCCACCGUCUGUCGCAAUUCCAGCCGGGGUCGUUCCCAUGCUUGAUUACUCAGCAUACACACAAUGCUCCUUGUACCUUGGACUAUCAAUCGUUGUCGUCGAUAGCGCGGCACGAGCAGAUCGGUCCUCUCUAGUUACUACUGGUUCAGUCCUCGGCAAUGAGAAAUGCGCCGGACUCCCAUGCUUCGGCAAAUGCAACGGCGGCCACCAGAGAGUGGCUCGACCUUUGGGCGCACAAUCGGGCCCGUUGACAGACCAGCGAAUCGAUGGGAUGACAGCCUAUUUCAGUUAGCAUACCAUGGUACCUAGACCCCAUCCAAACCGCCCAAGACAAUGCCAUGGGCCAUCUUAUCAUUAUCAGUUAGCGUACGGCCA